CAACCCCAGCCCUGAUGGCGAUGAACACCAUAGGAAAGUUUUUGGCCCCUGAGCGGGUGUCAGAUUGAAGGCUCUGUGCGCAUGUGCGAAGGUGUCCGAACUGACAAUGCUCGGGAGAUGAAGAUAGCGCGGCAGAGCUGCUGCGGGUUCAAGGAGGGCUCCACUCCGCCGUCAAGAUGAGAUCCAAGGCGCGAGCGAGGAAACUGCCCAAAAGUGACAACGAGAUUGUGAAUAACAUGUAUGAAACUGAGGCAGACCUCCUAGCAGGCGAGAGUGCAGAGGAGGAGACAGAGGAUAGCAUCAUGUCCCCGAUCCCUGUUGGACCUCCUUCCCCUUUCCCCACGGGCGAGGACUUCAAUCCCAAGGAAGGAUCGCCGUAUGAAGCCCCCGUCUACAUCCCCGACGACAUUCCGAUCCCGCCCGACUUUGAACUGAGGGAGUCCUCCAUUCCAGGGGCAGGACUGGGUAUCUGGACCAAAAAGAAGAUUGAAAUUGGGGAAAGAUUUGGGCCCUACGUGACUUUUCCAAGGACAGCGUUGAAGGAAUCCAACUUUGGAUGGGAGCAAAUGCUAACAGAUCCGGAUCCUGCCCUGCAAGAUGGCUGCAUUAAAAAGAUUGGUGAUGACCUGGGCACCGAUAAAUUCUGUGUUGAUGCCAACCAGACAGGAAAUGGAAAUGGAAACUGGUUGAAGUACAUCCGGGUGGCCUGCUCCAGUGAAGAACAAAACCUUGUGGUGUGCCCCAUUAAUGACCAGAUUUAUUAUAAAGUUAUUAAAGAAAUAGAACCGGGAGAAGAGUUGCUGAUGUAUAUGAAAGAAGGCGCUUACCCUGCUGGGAAUAUGACACCCAGCUUGGAAGAAGUGCACACAUUCCGCUGCGAGGACUGCGACGAGCUCUUCCAGUCGAAGAUGGAUGUGAGGCGGCACAAGAAAUACUCCUGCCACGCGGUCAGCUCCCUCUACGAGACGCUGAGCGAGGAGAUCAAGCAGGAAGGGGCGGCCGACGGCCAGGUGCAUGAGUGCAAGGACUGCGAGAGGAUGUUCCCGAACAAAUACAGCUUGGAGCAACAUAUGAUCAUCCACACCGAAGAGAGGGAGUACAAAUGUGACCAGUGCCCCAAGGCCUUCAACUGGAAAUCAAACCUGAUUCGUCAUCAGAUGUCCCACGACAGCGGCAAGCGCUUUGAAUGUGAAAACUGUGUGAAGGUAUUUACUGACCCCAGCAACCUUCAGCGGCACAUCCGUUCCCAGCACGUCGGCGCACGGGCGCACGCCUGCCCGGACUGUGGGAAAACCUUUGCCACUUCGUCGGGCCUCAAGCAGCACAAACACAUUCAUAGCACUGUCAAACCUUUCAUAUGUGAGGUCUGCCACAAGUCCUACACGCAGUUCUCCAACCUGUGCCGCCACAAGCGCAUGCAUGCAGACUGCCGCACCCAGAUCAAGUGCAAGGACUGCGGGCAGAUGUUCAGCACCACCUCCUCGCUCAACAAGCACCGGCGCUUCUGUGAGGGCAAGAACCAUUAUAACCCGGGGGGCAUUUUUGGUCCCGGCUUGCCGUUGACUCCCAGCUCCAUGAUGGACAAAUCCAAGUCUUCUCCCAACCUCAACCACACCAGCCUCGGUUUCAAUGAUUACUUCCCAACCCGGCCGCAUCCGGGUGGGCUCCCUUUCUCGCCCGCACCUCCAGCUUUCCCAACCCUCGCUCCUGGGUUCCCAGGCAUUUUCCCGCCCUCGCUGUACCCCCGACCCCCCUUAUUACCCCCCACACCACUGCUCAAGAGCCCCAUCAACCACACUCAAGACGCCAAGCUUCCAAGCCCCCUGGGGAACCCAGCUCUCCCACUGAUUUCUGCGGUGAGCAACAGCGGCCACCCGGCCUCCGGGGAGGAGAGAUUCAACAGCAGCAGCCUGGGGAACUCCUACCUGGAGAAGCUCAAAGCCAGGACCAGCGACAUGUCCGACGCCAGCGACUUUGAGGACGUGAACACGACCACGGGGACGGACCUCGACACCACCACGGGGACCGGGUCCGACCUGGAGAGUGACGCGGAGAGCGACCGGGACAAAACGAAAGAGAAGGGCAAGCCAGCAGAGAGCAAGCCAGACUUUAUCAACAGCUCGGUGCCCACCAGCUCCGCCAACAACAUGGGUGACCUCCCGCUUUUCUACUCCCAGCAUUCCUUCUUCCCUCCCCCCGAGGAGCAGCUGCUCCCCACGGCGGGAGCCGCCAAUGACUCGAUAAAGGCCAUUGCCUCCAUUGCGGAGAAGUACUUUGGGCCUGGCUUCAUGGGGAUGCAAGAAAAGAAGAUGGGCUCCCUCCCUUACCAUUCCAUGUUUCCCUUCCAGUUCCUCCCCAACUUCCCCCACUCACUGUAUCCCUUCACGGACCGGACCCUCAACCACAGCUUGCUGGUCAAGGCUGAACCAAAGUCACCGCGGGACCUGCACAAACUGGGCGGCGCCAGCUCCGAGUCGCCCUUUGAUCUCACCACGAAGCCAAAAGAAAUGAAGCCAGCCUUGCCGCCCCCCAAAGUCUUGCCCGUGCACCCCUCCGGGGAGGAGCAGCCGCUGGAUCUCAGCAUCGGCAACCGCAUCCGAGCCAGCCAGAAUGGGAGCCGGGACUCCCGGAAGAACCACAUCUACGGGGAGCGGAAACUCAUGGCCAGUGAAGUAUUACCCAAGAUUUCUCAGGCUCAGAUGCCUCCACAGCCAUCCUUACAUUACGCUAAGCCGUCGCCGUUUUUCAUGGACCCUAUCUACAGCAGGGUGGAGAAGCGGAAGGUGGUGGACUCAGUGGGAGCACUGAAAGAGAAGUACCUGAGGCCUUCCCCGCUGCUUUUUCAUCCCCAGAUGUCGGCGAUAGAAACCAUGACGGAGAAACUGGAGAGCUUUGCGUCCCUGAAGGCGGACCCCGGCGCCUCGCUGCAGCCCCUCCCGCAUCACCCCUUCAACUUCCGGUCGCCACCCCCCACGCUGUCUGACCCGAUUCUCCGCAAGGGCAAAGAGCGUUACACCUGCAGGUACUGUGGUAAGAUCUUCCCCCGUUCAGCAAACCUGACGAGACAUCUCCGGACGCACACAGGAGAGCAGCCUUACAGGUGUAAAUACUGCGACAGGUCCUUCAGCAUUUCAUCCAACCUCCAGCGCCACGUCCGGAACAUCCACAACAAGGAGAAGCCGUUCAAAUGCCAUCUGUGCAAUCGGUGCUUCGGCCAACAGACCAAUCUCGACCGACACCUCAAGAAGCACGAACAUGAGAAUGUUCCAGUAAGCCAGCACUCCGGCGUCAUCACGAACCACCUGGGCACCAACGCUUCCUCUCCGACCUCCGAAUCGGACAACCAUGCACUUUUAGAUGAGAAAGAAGACUCGUAUUUCUCUGAAAUCAGAAACUUUAUUGCAAAUAGCGAGAUGAAUCAAGCGUCGGCUUUAGCGGAGAAAAGGCCUGAAAUCCAGAAUGCGGACAGCAACUCCCAGCGCCAUGGUCUUGCAAAUGACAAAACGGAAGAUGUGGACGAGGAAGAGGAAGAACUGGAAGAGGAAGAUGACGACAGCCUGACGGGGAAGUCGCAGGACGAGACGGCAUCGCCGACAACGGAGCCCCAAGGAGGAUACGAGGAUGAGGAGGAGGAAGAGGCGGCAUCCCUCACCAUGAGCUUUGACCGCACCCGAAGGUGUAUUGAGGAGGACGAAGCCGGCUUGCUAGCUUUGGAGCAGAUGCCGCACUUUGGGAAGGGGCUGGACCUCCGCAAAGCCUCCGAGGAAGCUCUUGAAGCUAAAGAUGUGUAUAAUUCCACCUUAGACUCUGAGGCAAUAAAACAGACACUGUACAGGCAGGCUAAAAACCAGGCUUAUGCAAUGAUGUUGUCCUUUUCUGAGAACACUCCCCUCCAUCCUUCCUCGCAGAACUCUCUGGAUGCUUGGUUGAACAUGGCAGGAGCCGCUUCCGAGCCGGGGGGCUUCAGCUCCAUUGGCCACCUCUGAGAGGUCCCAGGAGGCACCCGGCCCGAAUCCCAGCAAGGAGGCCAUGGCCCCACAGGUGGCCUCUCAGACGCUCGAGCAAGUGGGGGAGGCUGAUGAGGAGGCCUCGGGGGGCUUCCCCACUGGGAGAAGAAAUCCACCAUGGACCACGCCACUCCCUUUCCGUCGGACCUAGGAAGCCGCCAACCACCCGACGGCCCCCGGUUCCUGCCAUCUCGGCUGCGGAUCACAUCUCAGGAGCGGAUUGCCUCCUGCGUGGGAAAGACCAGGUGCAUUUGUCGUUAGCAAGUGAAAUACUGUCCACCUCUCGAGUUACAGUCCAUUUUGCUGAGCCAGCAAGAACUUACUUGUAAACUAAAAGAGAAAAAAAAAACUUGAAGUCUUUUGACCCUCAUAUCCAGUUCAGCUAAGAAGACGACAACUUUCCAUGCCAGGUCCAGAACAAGUCACUGGAGCUCCACUGAGAUUAGGACGUUGUUGACUUUCCUAUGUUUCUUUCCCCCCACCACCACCCUUUUUAAGCAGUGUCAAACCUGGUUCCUUCAGUUCCACCAACGUGCAGGGUCUAAACCCCUCCUUACAAGGCCUUGCUGUGGACAGCAACUACCUUUGAACAUAUUUGCCCUCACAGUGGGUGCCUUUUUGGUAGCUCAAUUUAACAGUGGUUCUUUGUUUUAGAGUAUGUAUGUAACCCCCACACCCCAAAGGACUUCAGCCUACACCCACCCACAGUCACAGCUGAGGAGUCCCCAAGAAUGUAUUCAAGAACUUAUCUGAGGAUCAGGUACUUCUUCCUCACUCUGCUCUCCAAUUUACUUGUGGCAGAAAUAACUUUUUUUGGCAGGGGGGGAGAAAUGGGCCCAAAUUAAGGAUGUGGAGACUUCUCCCUUUUUUCCAACCCCAGAAAUUCAAUGUGUUUUAUCUGAAAUCCCUUUUGCUUUUUGAAUUUUUCAUUUCGUUUUGGAUUUGAAUCAAAUUCCAAAAAUUCAUUUCAAAUUCAAAUCAGAUUCUAAUUCGGUCCGAAAAUUCGAUUCAAAUUCAAAUCAAUUCUACCUGCUUCGGGUGCCUUUUUAACCAAUCACGGGGCCUGAAUGGUUUAAGGUUCCAAAUGGCUCUCAAAUCAAAUUUGAAUCCAAUUUCAAAAAUUCAUUUCAAAUUUGAAUCCAAUUGCCCUUUUAAGGGGUGAUACGAUUCAAAUUCGAAUCGAAAUGCACAUCCCUAGUUUGGUCUGCCUUUGAAAGAUCUGCAGCUGAAGAUACAAUGGUUUGCUAGAAGGGAUUGCCACUGCUUUCCUUCGGUGACGGGCUGGUGGCUGCUUAGAACUCAGCAAAAGCGUCUUCCACUCAUGCUCAGUGAGCACUAGACCACAGCUGCUAUCUGAGAAGCUCAGAAGCUGACGCUUUCCUGCGGUUGCUCUUCAGAUACAA